GGCCGGCGUUCGCGCCCAGCAGCGCCGGCCACCACGCGCACACGCCGCGCACGCCCACGCGCACGCCCACGCCCACGCGCACGCCCACUCGCCGCUCGCGCGCGACAUCCUCGCGCUGAUGCGCCAGCGCGCGGCGCGCGGCUACGGCAACAGCCCCGAGGCCAACGCGCACAUCAACCACCGCGACCUGUGGCGCUGGGUGCGCGACGCGGAGAUCCGGCGGCUCAGCGGCGCGUUCCUUGUGGCGCCGCGCGCCGACGUCAGCUUCUACGGCGUCCACGACGUGCUGCGGCUGCGGCUGCGGCGCCACCACGCCGCGUACCUGCGCAAGAGCGGCGGCGUCGGCCAGGCGCUGGACGCGCGCGUGCACCCGCGGUCGCGGCUGAACUUCAACCGCGCGCUGGCGCUGGUGUUCUGCGGCUGGGACCUGGCCGGCCACCUGCGCGAGCAGCACAUCGCCGAGCUCGAGCGCAACGACGACCACGCGGCCGCGGCCGGCACGGCCUUUGUCUACGGCGACGCCGCGCGCGCGAUGCUGGCGCUGGAGCGCAGCAGCGCGCAGGAGCAGAAGCUGCUGUCGUUCAUGCUCAAGGCGCAGCUGGCCGAGCCGCAGCCCGAGCCGGGCCACGCGCACAGCCGCGGGAGCGACGGCGUGCAGGGCGCGGCCAGCGACAUCUUCCAGAGCCCGCACCUGCGCAUGAUCUUCACGUUCCUUGUGACGCGCGACUGGAUGCAGGUGCUCGCAGCCAUGCAUUCGCAGCCGCUGACCAUGCGGCUGGCGCUGGCGCUGCGCCACCUGGACGACGCGCAGCUGAUGGCGUAUGUGGUGCGCGAGGGCCGGCGCGCCGUCAGGUCCGGGUACAUGGCCGCGCUGGCCAUCACGGGCGUCGGCGGCGCCGGCCGCCUGAUCAUGCAGGCCUACGUCGACCGCACGGGCGACGUGCAGACGGCCGCGCUGGCGGCGCUGUUUGACCCCGACGAUGCCCAGCGCAUGGAUCCGGCCGAGCAGUGGAUCUACGCCUACCGCCACCUGCUCAACAAAUGGCGCAUGUUCACGACCCGCUGCCUGUUCGACAUUGCGCGCGGCAAUGCGCGCGAGGACAAGGGCCUGCCGCGCAUGUCGCGCACGACCGACGAGAUCGCGAUGCGGCCGGCCGACGUGCGCUGCACCUUCUGCCACCAGGCCCUGGGCUACGAUGUUAAGCAGCGCGGCCUGUCGAUGGCCGAUGCCGAUGCCUCUGCUGCGUCCGAGCCUGCUGCGGGCCCCGGCAUCGGCGCCGUGCACGGCGGCAACAAGAACAGCGGCGCUGCCUCCAGCGGGCUCGUGGCGGCUGCUGGCAUUGGCCAGCAGCAGCAGCGGCCGAAGGACUCCCAGCAGCAGAGCCAGUCGCAUUUGGUCAUCACAUCGUGCCCCGGCUGCUCGAAUAGACUGCCGCGCUGUGUUGUCUGCCGGAUGACCCUGGGCACCCCGGUUGUCGCCCCGAAUGCUUCCGUCGAGGAAUGCGUGGCUCUUGGGGGCGACUUUGCCCAUUGGUUCUCGUGGUGCCAGACCUGUGGACAUGGCGGCCAUGUGUCGCAUAUGCGGUCUUGGUUCGCGACACAUCGGGAAUGCCCGAUUUCGGGCUGUGAUUGCCCUUGUGAAGACAAAUAUUGAACAGGACAAAAAUAUUGAGCAGGAAAAAAAAAAAUUAAUUUACGCACGUCUCUUUCUUCUCUUGAAAAUUUUAUGCGUGAGGUCAUGCAACAAAGUCGCAUCGCCUGAGCUACUUUAAUGUGUGGAUAAAAGCCCCCUCCCUGCCUAGCUGCAGGGUUUUUUUCUCUUUUUUUUUUCUCCAUCCCUCUCUCUA